AGUUGUUUACUUUCUUGCUAGUGGCUGAGCAUCCAGAGGAAGUAAGACGCGGAAAGAAGCUGAAUAAUUAAGAGUUUGCUUUCAUGAUGAGAUGCAGGCAGCACCGAUGGAUGCAGCGGAGGAGCCCCCGUCCAUCCUGUGGGGUCUGGACCCGAUCUUCUCCGCCUUCGCUCGGCUGUACGUCCGAGACAUCCUGCAGAUGACGGAGUCCGUGCAGGUGCCAGGUAUUUACUUCUACAACAAGCAUCCGAUCUACAAAGUCGAUGUACUUGGAACGGUGGUUUACAAGAAAGAAAGAGAUGACUUCUUCUGUUAUGGAGUGGAUGAUGGAACUGGUGUGAUAAACUGUUUGUGCUGGAAAAGUGACCUCCUGAAAGAGAAUGAGGGUCCCAGUAAAUCAGAGGGAAAGCCCAGCGACGGGGCUCAGGGAGCCUUCAACCUCGUCGCUGAGCUGAAGAAGCUGAAGGAAGCCCAGCAGAAGCGCUGCCGUCUGGAGAUCGGAGAGCUGCUCCGAGUCCGAGGGCCGGUGAAGACGUCGAGGCAGCAGCAGAGAGAAAUCAUGGCUUCCACCUUCUAUAAAGUGGACGACCCGGUGAUGGCGGAGCAGAUAGCCUGGAUGAUGGAGGUUCCUCAGCUCUACAGACAGUGUUACGACAAACCGCUGCAGCUGCGGGCCGACAUGUCGGGUGACUCGGCCCUCAGUUCCCUCAGCAAGGCGACAAACAUCAUCAAGGAUUUCUUGAAGCAGCAGUCGGUGACCAGGUUCAGAACGUAUGAUGUCCAGGACCUCCUGCAGCCUCUGAUCUCCAGCCAGCCUCAAACGGCAUCAGCAGACCAGGAGCCUGUUGCGGGUCCGUCUGGAUGUCAGCAGCUCCGGCAGCUUGUGAAGGAAACUCUGCAAGUUCUCCAGGACGAAGGCGUCGUUUACCGCAAAGUCAAGUCCCAGGAUGACGUCUACCUCGUGACUGCACAGGACAAAGAUCUGCUGUUGGCCGUCAAAGACAUCAUCAGGGAGGACUCGAAAAGAGAGAAAUUUGCAGAGAAGGGCUGCCACGUCCUGCACAUCCUGUCUGGUGUCCGGCAGCGUUACAGCCUCAACGUGAGCAGAGCAGCUCUGGAGCUCGUCCUCAAGUCGCUGGAGUGCGACAGCGAAAUCAUCAGCACCGCAGAGAACCAUUACACUGCUUUCUGACACGACCACGGCGUCGCUCUGUGCUGUGGCUGCUCCACAGCUCUCAGUAUGUUUACUUAAAUCCUGUCCUCUGCACCUCUUAGCUCUGGACUGGCUCCACUGUCUUAAAUUCCUCCUGUAUGUAAAUGUGCUGAGGUUAAAUAUGAUUGUUUAGAGAGGAGCUUUCAGGGCCACUGUACAGUCCACUGUUGUAAAUAUAUGCUAAAUUUUAAAAUAAAUAACAACAAACAGAGCGGA